AUGUCACCCACCUAUGCCAGCGUCCCGACGAGGGACUCGAACGAAGAUGCGCAAAGGGCCACCACAGCGCCAGAAGCGCAUCUUGCGACGACCACGUUGAAAGUUGAGGGCAUGACUUGUGGCGCAUGCACCUCCGCCGUUGAAGCUGGCUUCAAAGGCGUUGAUGGCAUCGCUAGCGCCUCCAUCAGCCUCGUCAUGGAACGAGCCGUUGUAAUCCACGACCCGAAGACGAUAUCCGCCGACGCCAUCAAAGAAAUCAUCGAGGACCGAGGAUUCGACGCCGAGGUUGUGUCGACCGACCUUCCUGUGCCAGCUGCAAAUACCAGCAACCUCAAGAAAAAGAGCGGGCUCUUGAGCACAACGGUUGCCAUUGGGGGCAUGACGUGCGGGGCGUGUACGUCUGCGAUUGAGGAAGGUUUCAAAAAUGUCCCGGGUGUCAAGAAAUUCAACAUAUCUCUUCUGUCAGAACGGGCGGUCGUAGAGCACGACCCGGCCCUCUUGUCGGUGCAAGAUAUUGCAGAGAUCAUUGACGAUCGAGGAUUCGAACCCGACAUCGUUGAUUCAGUGGAAGCCGAGGUGGAGGAGCCAUCCGGCAACCAAGAACCAGCGAGCAACAUCGCGACGACUACAGUAGCAAUCGAGGGUAUGACCUGCGGGGCAUGUACAGCUGCAGUUGAGGGUGGUUUCAAGGGAGUGGACGGUGUUAUCAAAUUCAACAUUAGUCUUCUGGCAGAGCGUGCUGUCAUUACACAUGAUAUUACCAAGCUUUCUCCGGAGAAGAUUGCAGAGAUCAUUGACGACCGCGGCUUUGAUCCUCUCGUUCUAUCGACACAACAGGAAACAUUGAACCAUGGCUCGGGUUCGGUAACCACGCACUUGAGGCUUUAUGGUUGCUCUAAUGCGGGAAUGGCAAACGCUGUCGAAGAGAAGCUCAAGGAACUGUCUGGAAUUGUGGCAGCAUCCGUAACGAUGGCCACUGAACGACUGACCGUCACAUACCAACCUACAGCCAUUGGUCUUCGCGCCAUUGUUGAAGCAGUAGAGGCUCAGGGACUCAACGCUCUCCUGGCAGAGAGUCAGGAUAACAAUGCACAGCUCGAGUCUUUGGCGAAAACGAAAGAAAUCAACGAGUGGCGCCUAGCAUUUAGGAUAUCAUUUGCAUUUGCCGUCCCGGUCUUUCUUAUCAGUAUGAUAUUGCCUAUGUGUCUUCCAGGAAUCGAUUUUGGGAAAUGCCAGAUCAUUCCCGGUCUGUUCUUGGGAGACAUCAUUUGUUUCGUUCUCACGGUCCCCAUUCAAUUUGGGAUUGGAAAACGGUUCUAUGUUUCGGCAUUCAAGUCUUUGAAGCAUGGCUCCCCAACUAUGGAUGUCCUUGUCAUGCUGGGAACAUCGGCCGCCUUCUUCUUCAGCAUUCUGACCAUGGUCGUCUCUAUCGUGGCCGCUCCUCACACAAGGCCGCAUACAUUAUUCGACACCAGCACCAUGCUCAUCACAAUUAUCUGCCUGGGGCGCUAUCUUGAGAAUAGUGCCAAGGGCCAAACCUCCAAGGCUCUGUCAAAUCUCAUGUCAUUGGCCCCGUCAUCAGCAACUAUCUACGCUGAUCCAAUUGCGGCCGACAAGGCUCUGGAGAAAUGGGGCAAAAAGUCCAAGGGUAAAGCAGAGGAUGAGGCUGACGGACCCAGUGGAUCUGCUAAUGAGGAGCGAACCAUCCCUACAGAAUUACUCCAGGUCGGUGAUAUUGUCAUUAUCAAACCCGGUGACAAGAUCCCGGCGGAUGCUACACUCAUUCGCGGCGAAACCUAUGUAGAUGAGAGCAUGAUCACUGGAGAGGCGAUGCCCGUCCAAAAGCGAAUCGGAAGUGCCUUGAUUGGUGGCACUGUGAAUGGAGAAGGCAGGAUCGACUGCCGUGUGACCAGAGCCGGAAGAGAUACUCAACUCAGCCAGAUCGUGAGGCUGGUGCAGAACGCGCAGACCACUCGAGCACCUAUCCAGCAACUGGCUGAUACUCUAGCCGGAUAUUUCAUCCCAGUCAUUCUCAUUCUUGGAAUGGUGACAUUCCUCGGCUGGAUGGUUUUAAGUCAUACCUUGCCCAACCCUCCUAAGAUCUUCACCGCGGAUACCAGUGGUGGCAAGAUCAUGGUCUGCGUGAAACUGUGUAUUUCGGUUAUUGUGUUCGCUUGCCCUUGCGCUCUUGGCUUGGCUACCCCUACGGCUGUCAUGGUUGGUACUGGUGUUGGUGCGGAGAAUGGCAUCCUGAUCAAGGGUGGUCUUGCAUUGCAGCGAACCACAAAGGUCACCCAGGUUGUCUUUGAUAAGACGGGUACCAUCACAUACGGCAAAAUGAGUGUGGUUCAAUCCAACCUGGUCUUUGACUGGUCAGAGGACGACUGGAUGAGACGCACUUGGUGGUCCAUCAUCGGACUCGCGGAGAUGGGCAGCGAACAUCCAAUUGGAAAGGCCACCCUGGGUGCAGCCAAGAAGGAACUUGGACUCGCGCCCGAGGCGACGAUAGAAGGCUGGACCGACUUCAAGGCAACGAUCGGCCAGGGAGUUGAGGCCAGGGUUGAGCCCGAUUCAUCGUCAGGCAAAAAGCGAUACACCGUAUUAGUUGGUAACGUCAAGUUUCUCCAGAACAAUGGUGUGGAUGUUCCACGAAACGCUAUCGAGCAGUCAGAGGAGCUUAAUUCCAAGGCAUCUAAAACAAAGGUUACCGCGUCAGCCCCGUCAUCACAAGGUGCCGGGACCACCAACAUCUUUGUGGCCAUUGAUGGCAAGUAUACCGGCCACCUAUGCCUUGCUGAUAAGAUCAAGGAGGGUGCGGUUGCCACCAUGUCUGUUCUGCGCCGCAUGGGAAUCAAGACAGCCAUCGUCACAGGCGACCAGCGUUCAACUGCCCUCGCCGUUGCAUCAGUUGUCGGGAUUGCUCCAGAAGACGUCUACGCCGGUGUGAGUCCCGACGAGAAGCAGUCCAUCAUCGGCGACAUCCAAGCCCAAGGCGAGAUUGUUGCUAUGGUGGGUGACGGUAUUAAUGAUUCGCCCGCCCUCGCAACCGCUGACGUUGGUAUUGCCCUGGCCAGCGGCACCGACGUUGCCAUGGAAGCUGCCGAUUUGGUCCUGAUGCGUCCAACAGAGUUGAUGGAUAUCCCUGCCGCUCUAAGUCUCACCCGUACCAUCUUCCGGCGCAUCAAGCUCAACCUGGCCUGGGCCUGCGUUUACAACCUCAUCGGAUUGCCAAUCGCUAUGGGCUUCUUCUUACCCUUUGGCCUCCACAUGCACCCAAUGUUUGCUGGGUUUGCCAUGGCCUGCAGCAGUGUAAGCGUUGUCGUCAGCAGCCUGCACCUCAAGUUCUGGCAACGCCCGCGCUGGAUGGACGAGGCGACCGCGGAAGAAACCGGUGGCUUGCUUUGGAAGCGUCGCAGCCUCGUCGACCGUGUACGAGACCUCUUCCAGAGCCGAAGCAGAACAGAUGACAAGGGCGGAUACGUCGCAUUGGAAAGCAUCGAAACUGUGUGA